AUGUACGCUCGCGAUUCCCCUAUGAAGGCAUGUUCUAAUCUCGUUUGUCUACCAGCGCCCGAAGACCCCGUACCUACGCUGACUCCUGGGUCGCCCGGUGUUGGCCAGUGCAUGCCCGAUGUAGUGCCCACAAGCCGCCAUGACGUUCCGGACGAAUCUCCGGGCCUCCGGGGUCCCCGGGUGGGGGGUCCUCGUCCGGCCUCCACCCCACUCUCCGAACUGGCUCUCCUGAGAGCCAGCGAGACCGAGGGCAGGGCUCACUUCCGUCGGCUAGCCGCCAGGCGAAGACACUCCUUCAACCAGGAGAGCCUCUCCAUCUUUGCCCAACGCAUGGCCGACAUUGCAGACGCCCUGGAGAGAGAUCACAGUCACUAUCGACGUCGUCGCAGCUGGAGCAUUCAAUUCACCGGGGCAGAUGCGCAGGUAGACGCCCGUUUGCUGAUUUUGUCCUCGUUCUCUCUCUCUCUCUCUCUCUUGUUCGACGUUCGCGCAUAAGGACGCUUGGAAGUCAUUCGUAGCCAGUCCUGUAUACUUGGUAUCUUGAAGAAGGAGACACGAUCGCCGGGACAAGAGCUUUAUUAGCCUGACGUUUCGAAUUCCUACUCGAAUCCAUCCUCAGAGACAAAAGAGCACCCGUUUCUGCUCUUUUGUCUCUGAUGAUGGAUUUGAGUAGGAAUCCGAAACGUCAGGCUAAUAAAGCUCUUGUCCCGGCGAUCGCGUCUCCUUCUUCAAGACUACUUCCUGGGACUCGGCUCUUCGCUUCUAUUGGCAAUAUACUUGGUAUCGUCUAAUUUUUGUGCGCCCGUCGCUAUGCAUUGCUGGGACUGACCAGCAGCUACGUCUAUUUUUUGGCGAAGCACAUGGGAUCCGGUUCCCCAACUAGCAUGCAACAGGCUUUGAUCUGCAUUCAAUCUGAAUGCACUUCUUCCUGGCCUACCGCAGAAAGCGUACUUGGUAAAAAAUAAUUACUUAAGUAGCAUGCAUUUUUCACACCGAUCUUUGAUGAUCUUAUAAAUUCAAAAAUACUUUAUCGAGAACAUGCAAAAAAUAUUCUUUAUUUUACCCAUUUUCUAGAAAACCAACUUGUCUUACUGUUUUAUACCGUAAGAAAAAUUAUUUUUUGGUUUUAAAAAAGUUUUUAAUUAUGAGAUUUUUAAGACCGUGCAACGUGCAUACAUAGAGCAUCGAACGUGUCCGUUUACCAAUGUUCCUCGUGAAGUGUCCAACACAGUCCGUAUCCAUUGUAAAAUUUAAUGAACUCUAUAAAGAAAAUUCUUGAAGGCAUAAAGGAAUAUAUGAUUUUCCUCACGAGGAACAUAUGCAGCAUGUAGGCUGAAGUCGCUAAAUGCUAAUGCAACGGCUGAUCAGGCUUAAAAUUAUUCGGGAAUAGGGAAACUUUUUCAAAACCUAAAUAUACACUUUUUCGGAUGUAGAAUGUGAAGCCAAUGUGAUUCUCAGCCAAAAGGAUAAAAGAAAGCAUAUUUUUUGCAUGUUAUCUAUAAAAUAUUUUUGAAUUUGUAAGAUCACCGAAAAUCGAUGUGAAAAAUGCAUGCUACUUAAGUAGUCAUGUUUUACCAAGUGCGGUUUCUGCGGUAGGUCGGAAAAAAGUGCGUUCAAAAGCCAACAUCCUGGCAAGCCUGAAAUACUAUAGGAUUAUGCUACAUGAUAAUAUUACAAUGCGACUUUAUUAAUCCUUCCUAGUCGAAAACGCACUUUAGAAUUUCGGCCAACAUUUCAUGAGAUCGCUCACACACUGUACAUUCCCGAUCGCAACCGACAGGGCAAGGGGUCCGUGUCCCAGUGGUUAGAGGCGUUGGACUUCUAAAUAGCAGGUCGCGAGAUCGAGCCCUAGGUAUUCCACACUUCGGGGCUGGGUAUGACUGGCUGACGACGACAAAUAAGCCGGAAAUGGCCGCUUCAGUCUCCCCUAUCUUUGUCGAUAAUACCAUUCUGCAUAUAUUCAUGUGUUUUGCGUUGCUUUUGGACUCAACGUGGUCCAUGUAAGACGCACAGUUGAUCGAAUGACUGAGCCAUCCAAAGUCUCCCUCGAGUACUUCGAAGGUGUUAAUGUCCUCAUUAGUCCUUCAGCGAGAUGUUUGGCGACUUUGCGGUCUACGAGGUGCCUUUCCUUGAAAUCCCUACUUCGUUACGCUAAAAACCCUACUGCCUUUCUUUUGCAGUCAAAUGAUAGCUUCACUUUCGGGCGGCUCACUCGGACGGCCAGCAGCUCCCUGGCCUGGCUCUCCUCCAGCAUGGCCGAACUCGUCUCGCAUCCAAUCAACUACCUGUACCGGUGGUUCAGUCCCGCCUCCCGCGAACAGAACCCCCGGCUGCGAACCAGCUCCGUGAUUAUUAACCGCCCAAGCCGCGGUUCAUGGGUGGAACGCAGUCGAACCUUCUCCAUGGAGGUGCGGGGGCCACGGCCGCCAUUUCUGUCCAGCUUCGACAUGGUUGAUGUCCUGCCUCAUUCCGGCGGUCGUCCAGGUCGUAGCCCACAGCUUCCGUAUGAGCAUCCGGUCUUCACAUUAUCUCCAGACGCUCUGUCGGGAAGGAGUGACGUUGACAGACGAACUCCGAUACAGGAUGAUGAGUCGGAGGGUAUUCGCUGA